AUGGACUCCUCCCUCUACAAGGACACCACCGUCUCUCGCGGGUUUACAUACCAUUAUUUUCGUUGCCCUGCCACCCCGGGGAAGCCGACGUUAUUAUUCUUACACGGCUUCCCGUCAAAUUCGUACGACUGGCGACGACAGGUCGCGUACUUUCGGCCCAAGGGCUAUGGUCUCCUUGUCUCGGAUAUCAUAGGCGCCAGAGGCACCGCAAAGCCGGAUAGCGCAGACGCAUUCCGCUUCUCGCUGAUCGCACGCGACAUCAUCGACGUACUCGACACAGAAGGGCUACAGACAGUCGUCGGGAUCGGCCACGACUGGGGUUCGGCCGUGCUCUCGCGCCUCGCGAACCUUUACAGUGAACGAUUCCACGCCUUCGCCUGGCUCGCGCUCUCAUACGUCCCGCCCGCGUGGCAAACGUCUGGGCUUGCGAACGAGGAUGCGAAGAAUACGCAGUUCGGAUGCUGGGAAUACAUGUCGCGGGACAACGCCUACGAGAUGCGCGAAAAGAAUCUGGAUAGCUUUCUCCAGCUCGCCUAUCCGGAGUCUCCUGAGCUCUGGCACGAGUCGUUGUCGCCGUUGGGCAAGACUCAGGCGUGGAUAGAAGCGAAUCGCAGACCCGGGCUUCCCGAAUGGCUGUCCCAGGAGGAGUACGACGUUGCACGCGAGAUGUUAUCGAAGGCGAGACUCGAGUCGCCUCUGAACUACUACAAAGCCAUGGUCAGCGGUGCGAACACGCAAGACGAGCAGAGCAUACCUGAGGAAGCGCAUAGGAUUCAAAAACCGGCACUGUUUAUCGCUGCGGCGCGCGACUCCGUGUGCACAGCUGCAGGUGGAAAAACAGUGAUGGCCCAGUACGCCCGGCACGCCACGAUCGUCGAGUUGAACGUUGGCCACUGGCCGCAGCUAGAGGAGACUGAAAGGGUGAAUCUGGAGCUCGAGAAAUGGUUAGACACGCUCAACCUGGGCGAGCUCUGA